UUCUCUGGCACUUUCCAGUCCUCUGGAGUCACGGUGGUUGCUGCACCAUGCAGUCUCCAGGCUUUGCACUCGCCUUCCUCACCGUGCCACUGGUGGUGCGCGGGGACUCAGAGGGCACCUGGUGCUACGACUCCCAGGACCCAAAAUGUGGCCCCACCCACUGGAAGGAGAUGACCCCUGCCUGUGGGGGCCCAGCCCAGUCCCCCAUCAACAUCGACCUUCACCUUGUCCAACGGGACCCCUCCCUGGGACCCUUCAUCUUACAAGGCUACAACUCAGCACCUCCAGGCCCGUGGACCCUGGAGAAUGAUGGCCAUACAGUGCUGCUCCACAUAGACGGUGGCCCGCAGAGCCACCUGGAGAUUCGGGGCGCCGGGCUGCCACUGCCUGCCUACCACGCACUGCAGCUGCACUUCCACUGGGGGGGGCCUGGUCAAGCAGGUUCAGAGCACAGCCUGGAUGGGCAGCGCCGCGCCAUGGAGAUGCACGUGGUCCACAUGAACACGAGGUACCAGAGCAUGGGGGAAGCUCGAGGUCACCCCGAUGGGUUUGCUGUGCUGGCGGUGCUGUUGGCGGAGCAGGACGCUGACAACGCCAACUUCUCCGCCCUCGUGUCCAGCCUGAAGAACGUGUCUGAGCGCGGGGUCUCGAUGAAUCUGGCGUCCACCUUCCCGCUGGCCUCGCUGCUGCCGGGCGCCUCGGGCCUCUCGCGCUACUACCGCUACUCGGGAUCGCUGACCACGCCUGGCUGCGAGCCCGCGGUCAUAUGGACUGUCUUCGAGGACGCGGUACCCAUCGGGCGCGCACAGGUGGCCCGGUUCCAGACCGUGCUCCAAGCCGGGCUCCCUGGCUCGCGCCCUGCACCGCUCUCCGAGAACUUCCGCCCGCAGCAGCCUCUCGGGGGGCGCAGGGUCUCCGCCUCUCCUGGCGCCUCCAUCCGCGCGGCAGCCUCGGUGCCCGCCCCGACCCUAGCCCGUGUGCACGCGGCUCUGCUGGGCCUGGGGCUCAGCCUGGGGCUCUGGCAGAGGCCCUAGGAGCCAGAUUCGACCCCUUCCCGCAAUAAACGAUACGCAGAGUGA